GCCGUCAUUUUGUUACCAAAAAUUGAAUUGAAUGAAAAUUGCUCGAUAUUAUAUAUUUCAGUAAUAACACCGGUGUUUAAUUAUUUCAAACACAUUUUAACCUCAAAACAGGCACAUUAAAAUGUGAUUUUGGUGAUUAAAUAAUCAUUGUCUUGCAAGACAAUAAUUCUUCCUUGUAUAUUUCUUUAAAAUGGUUAUCUAACGUGGUUUUAUUAGGUUUCUCUUGUUUUUUGUACAAAAUAAAUGUUUUUAUUAGUCAUUAAUAUACAUGUACAUUCCUAUGCCAUUGAGAGAUUUUGAGGAGGAAAAAUGGUUGCCAUCACUUUAACAACUAAUCUCUUUUAAGUUUGUUGGGGGUUUUUUUUCAUCAUUUUUAAAAAUCUUUUCUUUUUCUUUUUCUUAACACACGUAAUUUGUCCGAACAAAUUUACUUGUUUGUUCGAACGAAUUUCUAUUUCGUCCUAACAAAGUGGUAAUUCGUCUGAACGAAUUUCUUAUUCGUCCGAACAAUUUGCUAUUUCGUCCGAACGGAUACAUUUUCUUAUAUUUGGCCUUUCUACGCCGCCGUAAUUUUAUGCCAAUGACUGUCAUUUAGUUUUGAUAUGCCAGUAAAAAGAGGAGUUGCAACAUUUUAUUUACUUUCGUUUUCUUCUAUAGGGUCAGUACUUUUAUUUUUGGACUUGAGAACCAUCUUUAGUGGUCAACAAGAAAUGCAUUCAAUUUUCUUUCAUGCUCUUGUAUAUAGUAUUUCAAAGUCAAACUGAAUUUAUUUUACAAUUAACACAUUUUUUCAUAUAACAUGUUCUUAAAAGAAUUUUCUUCGCGUGAGUUUCUACAGCAUCCAUAUAUACAUGGAUAUAUGCUUAUGGAGGAAGUACUCUUUGAUUGAGCAUUUGUAUCAGAAAUUGUCAUUUUGUGACAUUUUAGGGUAUACAAAUCCCCUUUUAGUGCGGAAAAGGUACAAACUUGAGUUGAAAUACCCUCUCCCCGCUUUCAAAGUUUUCUGGAAAUCCCCCUUGUGUUCCACCAGCAAUCUUUAAUAAAUACCUGAAAGAUAUUUUAUUUUAUUUUUUUAUUUUUUUGCAUCUAUUUAUUUUAUUUAUUUAUAGAGUUUUAUAUUUAUUUAUUCAUUUUUUAUUUAUUUGUUUAUUUAUUUUUUUUAUUCAUGAAAAAUAACACAUUUAUUCUUCUUCACAGAAUGAGCGGAUUAACUGUGUUGUGUACAUUAUUUCUCUUUUCUGCGCAAGCGACCGGAAGUGGCAACCCCGGCGGACUCUUGCAUGGAUUGCUCGGUAGAGGUAAUGGCGGUGGACCUGGUGGUCAAGCAGGCCGAGGUUCAUCCGGUGGUCAAGGAAGCCGCGGUUCAGAUGUAGCACAUCUCAUCCAACAGUUUCAGUCCUUCGGUAGACAAGGCGGAAGAGGUGGAGCUCCGGGCGGGGCUUUGCCAGGUGUAGGGCACGGUGGCUUAACUGGAGGAGCACUGACAGGCGCAGGACAUGGCGGUCUUCCAGGUAACCUAGGCGGUGGAGCGAUUCCAAUUUCUGGCGGCGGAUCUCCGGGUUUACAGGGCGGUUUCGGGGGUUCUUUUGCAGCUGACGCAUCAUCAUUCCUAGGUGGAUCAUCCCCGUUUGCUGGAAACGCAGGUUCCUUCCCAGGUGGACCAUCCGGGUCUGGCCCCAACAUUGGUGGACAGAGCAGUUUAUUUACUGGUCAAGGAUUCCCCGGAGGCAGCCACGGGGGUGCUAAUGUAGUACACAGCAAGACCCACAGUGGUUCAUCUAUGGUCUCUGGCAGUGUAGCUAACAGUUUUCCAAUUGGUGGGGCUGGUCCGUCAGUCGGAGGACCUCGUGGUUUAAAUGGUCUCGGUGGUUCGGGUUUUAUUGAAAACCAAGAUGGUACCGGAGGAGCGGCUUUCUUGCAAAACUUACUUGGUGGAUCCAGCAGCCAAGGGAAUUUAGGAGGUGGUCUUGCUGGACUUCUUGGAGGUGGUCCAAGUGGUGGACAUAUCGGAUCCGGUGGGGGAUCGGGAGGAUUGUCAUUCGGAGGAAAUCUGUUAAACGGACCAGGUGGAAUUUUCGGGCUUCUUAAUAGCGGUUCUGAUGCAGGCGGUGGAACUGGAGGUAUUUCGGGACUUGGAAGCAGAUUCCAUGCCGGAUUUGGUGCUCAUUCUCUUUCUGGACCCCAAAGAGGUCCGCAAGGUGGCCAUAGUGGUCAGUCAUUGUCUGCCGGUGUUAGCUUCCAAGGUGGCCAAUCCGGAUUAUCACAUGGAGCCGGAGGAAAUAUUCCUCUAGAGACAGGGGGACUUCAAGGACUCUUAGGUGGAAGAACUAGUGGAGGACACGGGGCAUCUCAGGGAAGUUUAACAAGUGGACUGCAUGGACUUCUAGACAGAAUUAGUGGAAAAGGGGGUCUUGCUGGUGGACCCGGAGGUCUAGCCGGUGGACCAGGAGGCUUUGCUGGUGGACCCGGAGGUCUAGCUGGUGGACCGGGGGGCUUUGCUGGUGGACCGGGAGGCUUUGCUGGUGGACCCAGAGGUCUAGCCAGUGGAUCCGGAGGAUUUGCUGGUGGACCUGGAGGUCUAGCCGGUGGACCUGGAGGAUUUGCUGGGGGACCCGGAGGCUUUGCUGGUGGACCCGGAGGUCUAGCCGGUGGAUCCGGAGGAUUUGCUGGUGGACCUGGAGGUCUAGCCGGUGGACCCGGAGGCUUUGCUGGUGGACCCGGAGGCUUUGCUGGUGGACCUGGGGGACUUGCUGGUGGACCCGGAAGCUUUAGUGGUAAACAUGGAGGUCUAGCUGGUGGACCUGGAGGCUUUGCUGGUGGACCCGGAGGCUUUGCUGGUGGACCUGGAGGCUUUGCUGGUGGACCUGGAGGCUUUGCUGGCGGACCCGGAGGUCUAGCUGGUGGACCCGGAGGCUUUGCUGGUGGACCCGGAGGUCUAGCUGGUGGACCCGGAGGUCUUGCUGGUGGACCGAUAGGAAUAUCUGGAGGAAUCCAGGGAGGACCAAGUGGGUUGGGGGCAGUUGGAGCACCAGGUCAUCUAGGAGGAGUUGGUUCAAGCUCUGGAUCACAUGGAGUUGUUAAAACAAAGCAAAAGCCAAUUGGUUGAAUAGAAAAAAUGACAUGGUGUUUUGAGUCCCAAUGUUGUAAAUGUAUUUAACUAAAAAGUUAUGUAUUAUAAUGUGAUGCGAUUAUUCAGAAAGUAAAUUUUAAAAAGAACAGAU